GUGCACCAGACAUCCUGUUGCCGUCCACCCGGGCGACCCCGCGCACCAAAACACGCGCACCUCGAGCUCCGGGCGGGACUUCCUCUGUAUUGCGGAUGCGAUAUUAGGGUGAGCAGGCAAGAAAGGGCUUGGUCGGGGUGUCAGUGGUCCAUCUGUGCGCCUUCGGACAGCAGAUAACCGGGCUGACGACGCCGCCGACGCCGCCGCCGAAGCCCCGUAGAUGAAUCUCCUCCUCGGCUAUGCUGCCCUGAGAGCGCCGCGAGUACCCGCCCCGCCAACAUGUCUGAUGUCAACAAGACUAUUCAGAAAUGGCACGCCAGUUUUAGGAAAGGCACAGACUUUGACUCGUGGGGACAAUUAGUGGAGGCUAUAGAUGAGUACCAAAUUCUGGCGAGACAGCUGCAGAAAGAGGUCCAGUCUACAAAUUCAACAGACUUCACAGAGGAGCAGAAGAAAACUUUAGGAAAAAUUGCAACAUGCCUGGAGAUGAGAAGUGGCAGUUUGCAGUGCACACAGUCAAACGAGGAGUUCAAGUUAGAAGAACUGAAGAAACUGGAGACCAUAAUUCAAAAUAUACUGACCUACAACAAAGAAUUCCCCUUCGAUGUCCAACCAGUGCCCUCAAGGAAAAUCCUCGCUCCAGGCGAGGAGGAGAACCUGGAGCUGGAGGAGGAGGAGGAUGCUGCAGCAGGAGCUGGUUCGACAGAAGCCUUCCCCCCGCGGGCCCCUGCUUUGCAAGGUACCUUGUUGCCACGGUUACCCUCAGAGCCUGGGAUGUCCCUACUUACUAUAAAGAUUGAAAAAAUUGGGUUGAAGGAUGCCGGCCAGUGCAUCGACCCUUACAUGACCAUUAGUGUCAAAGACUUAAAUGGUAUAGACUUGAACCCUGUGCAGGACACCCCUGUAGCCACCAGGAAGGAAGAUACCUACAUACAUUUCAGUGUGGACGUGGAGAUCCAGAGACACGUGGAGAAAUUACCAAAAGGAGCAGCUAUAUUCUUUGAAUUCAAGCACUACAAACCCAAAAAGAGGUUUACCAGCACAAAAUGUUUUGCCUUCAUGGAAAUGGACGAGAUCAAACCCGGCCCCAUCGUCAUUGAACUGUACAAGAAGCCCACAGACUUCAAGAGGAAGAAACUGCAGCUUCUAACAAAGAAACAACUCUAUCUCCAUCUUCAUCAGACGUUACACAAGGACAGCUAAGUCAGAGCACGCCUCGAACUUUGAACCACCUCGUUUAAUCUCUCUCUUGAACCCACAUCCAGCAGAAAUGUGGUGCUCCACCUCAUCACAUCCAGCAAUACUAAAACAAGGUUGUAGUCAUUUUUUGUCCCCCAUGAGUAUAUGAAGAAGAAAAGGGAACUGAGCCAAAUGGUCACAUCCGCUCAGACUGCCACAUUCGUUCUAAAUUUUUGUAUUCUUUGAUUUUGUUUUUGAUGUCUAUUGCAGGAAACACUUCUUAUAACCUUUAAAAUUGAUUUUCAUUUCACUAGUUAGGGCUACAGGAAUUUCAUACUAAAGCAGAGUUGUGUUAACAAAAGUCAAACCGCCUCAUCUCCAGUCUUCCUUAGCUUGAUUAUUUUGGGAAACGGGACACAACGUGUAUUUUUGCAAGUGCUUAUUUUGAGUCUUGAUGGAAUUUGACUGACUUUGAUUCGAGUUUAUGCUGUCGGACUUUAGACUCUCAAGUUAAAUUUAGCAAAACAAUAAAAACAACUACACUGCAAAUGCAAAGCCAUUGAAUAAAUUACAGGCUGACAGAGACGACAGUCACUGAAUUCUGUCAUAGUCUAAAAGGGUUUCAGGAGUUUGGAGUGUGCCAUAAUUAUAGAUUUUUAUAGUGUUUAAUUAUGAUCAAAUAAAUCAGUUAAUUCAAAAAGUUAUUAAAAGCUACUAAUGUGUCUGCCUGCAUAAACAUUUCAGUUUGUUUUCUGCUUGAACUUUCUCAGUUUCCCUUUUUUGAUUUCUUUAAAAUUAACCACCAUGAACUGUUUUUAGUGUUGUUAAUUUUGGCCACUUGGGGGCAGCAGAGACCAGCUGUAAAUAUAACACUGUCAUAUCACCACCUUUUAAAGGUCCAGUGUGAAGGAUUCAGUUGCAUCCAAGGGGUUGAGGGGUGCUACUGACCGAACAUCGUCGAUUCAUCCUCCCCCUAUGUGGCUGUGGGAAACAUGUAAUGCCCUCUCUUGAGCCAGUGUCUGUUUUGCCCCUUGUCGGCUACUAUAGAAACAAGAAGGCACCACAUGGCAGAAGAGGACCUGCAUCCUCUGUAGCUAUAAAAGAUUCAUUUUAAAGUAACAAAACACAACCUUUUACAAACCCCUUAGCUUCAGGUGAUUACACGCUAAUGAAUUCUGAAUUCUAUUUCUGCCCCUAAAUCCUACACACUGGAUUUUUAAGGUGAUUUUGUGGACUUCCUGUUUUCUCAACAAGCAAAUAUUGAGCGACAUAUGCAAAGAUUUGUGGACACCUGAUGAAGGUAACUCCAAUGUUCACCGAUGUCAGUUUAGCUCUAUUUUUGGUCUCCACCAGCGUCUGAGAGAAAUAGCUGGCUUUUUAACAGCUUAGCUGUAAGUUAGUGAGAUGACAAUUCCCUGUUUGCUCGUCACUAUGAGCUUUCACAUUACAUGCAGUCAUUUGACUCAACGUUGAUCUAGAAAUACUCGCCAGUGAAGCUUUUAUUUAAAGCAUCCGAGACCCUGAUUGGCCAGCUGCUCUGUAGAUCUGACAACUGGUACUUGUAGGUCGCUUACAAACCUCUAAAUAAAGAGUUGUGUUUAUAUUAUGGCUGUCACAAAAUGGAAACUGUAAAUUGAUUAUAAUCGCACAUAAUAAUGAUAUGAAGAAUAUUUAAAUUCUAAAAGAAGUUCACAAUUGCUGUGGUGGCACAUUCAGACUCUAUAAAGUUUUGGUGUUCCAGUCACAGACAGUAUUCAAUCAGCAGUGGCUUUUAUAUUUUAAAUAUACAGUGCAUUUAAUUUUUAUUGGCUUCGUCAGAAUAUUUCACAAAUUGUAUUUUUAAAGCCAGCAAUUAAGCAAAUGUUUGUUUAAGCCCAGAAUAAAAACCAUUAUGAGCCAGUAACAAUUAAACGCCCCCAUAUUUCUGACAACCUUCAACAUGCCAGUGUUCAAGCUUCAGUAUGUAUCGGAUGAAGUGUGUUUAAAGUACGAGUUGUGUGUUUUAAAUAUGAUGCAGCAUGGUCUGCAUGCUGCGGACGUGUAUCCUGUAUGCAGUGUGAGCGGCCCAGAAGUUUAACACCCACUAGGAAGUGUUUUUUUAAUCGAGUGUUAAGUCACAGGUCAGAUGUUUUUAUAUGCGGUUAAACUUGAUCAGCGCUCACAUGCAGGAUGCAGGAAUUAUGCUUUUGUCCUGACUUUUUCAGAAACUGACUGCUACCCAGAGAAGCCCACUACGACUAUUAUUUUGAAAUUCCACGUCGCCCUGUUAUAAAGGGCUGUUUCGGAUGAACUUGCAUGUAACUUUUAUGUUUCCGUUCUAAUGUUGCAGAUUCACUAAAACAUCUACAUUGUAAUAUUUGAUUUCAGAUUUUUAUUUUUGUAAGGUCACAAUAUUCAGGACUAAAUUAACUGUAAGAUACACUAACCGAUGAGUAUAUACAGUAACUGUGUAUGUAUGAAGCACUAUGAUGUAGUAGGACUGAGACCUGUGGAGUGUUUUUUUUGGUCUUGAUGACAGACUGAGGGGGAAUUGUAUCAAACAUUUACAAUGCUUUUAAUUUCUAAUAAACUACAAAUGAAGCAGUUCGGUGGAUGAUCUCAUCAGGAGCAUCAUGCAGUGAGCAGACUGUG